GUACAUCUGUAUUGGAAUCAAAACCUUAUCCUAUUUGUCAUCAAUCAAAUCACAAGCUGAAUUAAUUUAUUAUUAUUAUUAUUAUUAUUAUUAGAGAAGACUUCAACCCUCUCUCUCUCUCUCUCUCUCUCUCUCUCUCUCUCUCUCUCUCUCUCUCUCUCUCAACCAGCCAUUUCUCUUUUUAGUAUGCGAGCUUUGUACAGAGUAGUACUCGUGCAUUAGUGUGUCACUCUGUUUUUCCUUUAUGUUGAUAUCUACACAUAAUUGAGACAGUACCGGAUCGCUCAUUUGGCUCUAGAGAAGAAACAGGCAGCUGAAAUUGCAUUUCUCUUCACAUGGCAGGGGCUUUCAGCUGGAAGAGUGUACGUGAAUAUGUAUACAGUUACUACCCCCUGGACUCUGGCGCUGAUUCGGCUGGCGCUGGUUUUGCCAGCUCUAGUUUCGCCAGCUCUGGUUUGGCCUUCACAGCUUUACUUUCCGGCUACUCGACUGCAAAAUAUGGAUAUUUAGGUUACUUGGUUUUGUGGAUCCAACAGCAAGGAAUGUCCGGCCUUAGAACUUCAGUGAUCUUUGCAAAUCUCCAAAAAGGAUUGGGAGCACUUUUUGGCCUUUUUUUGGUAUACAUGGCAAAAUUCCGCAUGGGUCUCGCCAGAACGACUCUCUACACCUAUGCAUCUUUCAUCUCUGUAAGUUCAUUUUUCUAGCUGCGUCUUUAAUUCCGUGGUAUAAAAACAGGUGUUCCUC